AUGCAAAUCAUCAAUUAAAAAAAUAUCAAGCAUAAUUUCACAUAUCUUAAAAAUAUGAGACUAAAGAAUCAAUUACUAGUUUUAAUUAGUUUUUAAAUUAUUUUCAUCAUGACAUUUCUAGUCUGUAGCAAUUACAUACAUACAACAUUUAUUUAACUAUUUUUUACAGAAUCAUCUCAAAAGAUUUAUCUCAAGACCUCAAAUUCAAUGCUCAGAAUUUAAUUAAAUGAAUAUAAUUCAUACUUCACUUCAUUGUUUCAUACUAGUAAAUAUAUUUAUAUAUAAUUAGAUGGAUAAACAUUGAUAUCAUUCUUCUAACUUUAUACAUAUCUUAGAAAUAAAACAGCAUCACAUCUUAAUCCUCUAAAUCCUAAGUUUAAUAUGAAUUAUGGAGGUGUUAAUGCAAAAAUACCCAAGUCAAUUUAAACAACCAAAUUAGGUAUUUACAACACUACGCUCUCUUGUCUUUGUUAUACUAAUAAGACUAAAUUUCAUUCACCUUAUACUUAAGAAGAAAUGAUUAAUAUUAAAACUUAAGAAUCUAUGCAUAGUUUUGGAAUGAUUAUUUUUUAAGGUAGAACAACAUUGUAAUCAUUUCUCUAUGGCUAUGUCAAAAGGGAUAACAUUUUAAUGACUUAUCCUUGUUUAUAAAGACAUGAUAUAGCUAAUUAUAUUCCUGAAAAUAGAUCUUGGUAUAUUGAAGCUAAAAGAAACUUUUUAGCACAUAAAUCAUAUGAUAAAUACAAUUUUUCCAUAACUUAUCCAUACAUAUGUAAUUACAAUUUAAUAUUAAUUUAGUAUUCAAAUCUACAAAUGUUGGAUUAUCUAUGGCAAUCCCAUUUGUUGAUUAAAAUCUUUCCUUUAUUGGAACUGGUGCUUUUGAUUUGAUUCCGUCCAGUUUAUUAAAUUAAGUUACUUAAUAAUUUGGGAAUGAUUUUACAUCUAUUUUUCUUGCAUCUUUAGAUGGUAUAUUAAUUAUGCAUCCAUUCAAUAUCACCUCUGAUAAAAUACCACUUUAUUUUUAUAAUCAAUCUAUAACUGGGUUUAGUUUAUAAGAUUGGAAAGGCUUGUUUGAUCCUUCAUUUAAUUCAAAUUGCCAAAAUUAAACAACAACUAUGAAUUUUAAAUGCUUAUAUAACUCAUUUUAUAAUUAAGAUAUGUUCGUUAGUUUACAAGUAUUACAUUAAUUUAAUAUGUCUGUUAUUGUGUAAAUAAUCUUAUAAUAUUUUAGGUUGAUUAGCAGUUCAGAAUUUAAUAAGUUUUCAGAUGAUUUCAAUUCUAAUUUGAACUAAAAUUUAAGUAGUACAUUUUCAAAUUCAUUAAUUGAAUAAGGUUGUCUAUUCGUAUUCCUUUGUUUUUUAAUUUACUUUAUGACUACUUAUUUAUUUUAUCCGAUAGAAUUAAUCAUAAAUGCAGCCAUGAAUUAAAUCUAAAAGAAAAAGUACUAAAACAAAAAUUUGAAUAAGAUUUUAUAAUCCUUAUUAAGUGUUUAGAUUUUAGAACUUUAUAGAUCUUGUUAACAUUUUAAUAAAUUAUUUGAGAGAUUCUCAUUUAAUAAAACAGAAUAAUGUUAAAAAAUUGAAAACCUAUAAUAUCCUUAAAAGAUAGAAGAAAUUAGAUUAUGUAGUUUGGUGGAUCAUAAAAAGUUAAGAAAAUUAGAUGUAUAAUUAAUUAUUAAUACUAGUUUAAAUUAAGAAAUAAACCAAAUGAAAAUUUAGAUUUAGUGAAAUCAUUUAUCAAACAAGUCUAUUUUUAACUUCGACUCAAAUGA